AUGGCGGGCGGGGGCAGUGGAGGUGGUGGCGGAAGCGGAGGCUACGGCGGUGCGGGCGGUGAUGGCCGGAAGCAGCGGUAUGACGAGCAAGGCGGCGGGGACUUCCGCUCCGACAACCAAGGACGUGGUUCCGGUUCGAACGGAGGGAGGUACGGCAACAACAACUCGGGCGGCUCCUAUGAUGGCUACGGUGGCGGCCGUUCUGACGGCGGCGGGCGCUCCGAUGGUGGAGGGUGCGGGGACGGUGGCGGCCGCUCCGACUUCUACGGUGGGCGCGACGACGGUGGCGGGCGCCUCGACAACGACGGCUACGGCAGGGGCCAGCAGGGUCAAGGGGGCGGCCGCUACCAAGAGGGCAACGGGCAUGAGGGCCCCUACAACAACAACUUCGGUCGCCGGGAGGGUGGCCGGCAAGGUGAGGACAGGCGGGGCCAGCAACAAGAGGGUCAGUGUGGUCGCGGGCAGCAAGGGCCUGCACGCGGCGGUGCCCAGCCUGGCAAGCUUAAGGGUGUGGCGCAGGGAGCGCCUCCCCAGCCGAAGGCCAAGGGAAAGGCCAAGGCUCCCGGCGGGUCAGUGGCUGGCUCGGUGGGCGGCGAGUGCUUCCGCUGUGGGCAGGAGGGUCACUUCCAGGCGGACUGUGUCAACGACCCGGUCUGCAUUCUCUGCAGCAAGACCGGCCAUGUCUCGGCGGGAUGCCCCACGCGUGGUCGGCCGCUGCUGCUGCAGACCUACGGCCACGCCAUCACGGGUGGUGGCUUCUUCAACAUCGAGGUGGAACCGAUCCAAGCUCCGGAGGAGGACAAGCAGUUCGAGGCGGUGAUCCACUUCACCUCGGCCCCCCUCACGACGCUGCAGCUAUCAGACGAGCUCAAGAGCCUCCUCGACGACCUGUGGGACUGGCAAGUGACGAGGGUGUCGGACACGGAGUACUGCGUCAGAUUUCCGUCGAGGGAGACGCUCAGGAUGAGCACCAGGCGCGGCAAGAUCUAUCUGCCAUUGAGCAAGUGCGAUGUUGACAUCCGGGAGGCGUUCGUGAGCCCUCGGCCGGGUCCGUCCUUCCCAUCUGUGUGGGUACAGAUCACCAGCCUGCCUGGGAGCCUGAUGGUCAAGGACAGGCUCAUGGCGGCGAUGAUGAUGGUUGGGCGUCCGAUGGAGGUGGAUGAGCUGUCCAUCAAGAAGUGGAAGACGGAGCCGGUGAGGAUGCGUUUCCAGUGCAGGUAUCCUGAGAGGGUGAAGGGGACGGUGCAGCUCUGUGUCAACGGAGAACCGUUCACCGUGGGGAUCCAUGCGAAGCUGGGGGCAUCGGGUGCGGGAGGCUCGGGUGGCCCUCCUCGUCCGCCGGCGCCGAGAGACGAUGAAGACAGUGACGAUCUGGAGUCGGAGGAGAGGAGCACCGAUGGCGAGGCCUGGAACCGGCACCGUAGGCGCGGUAGCGACAAGGAGAAAGCCAAGGGCUCCGACAAGCUAGGGGGCGGCCCUGGUUCGACUCAGCUGGCUAGGAUUGGGGGCUCGAGGAGCGCUCCGCAGCUGGGUAAGGUGGCGGAUCAGUACGGUUCCAACAUCAAGAUCUUCCCGAGGUUGGCCGGCUUGGGCCGCUUUGCCAUCCUUGCGGAGGUGGACGACGUGGUCGCCCUGGGGAAGGAGGGCAGAUGGCCGCCCCCGACCCUUCCUGCCACGGUGGUGGAGGAGGUCUCUCUUGUCUCCGGAGAGACGGUGUCUCAGAUCACGGAGGUGGUCGGCUCUAGGCUGAGGAGCAGCCCCACGGUCGAGCCGGCGAGCCCGACCUGGACCUCGUCGGAUUUGGUGGUCGACGCGCCGGCCGCCUCGGUGGUGGCGUCUGGAGCGACGGCGGGGUAG